AAACUCCGGAAGAGAAGAGAAUCCGGUUACUACGUAGCUAACAGGCUUUAACUUUCAGGUUUACAUAUCUAACUCUUAUAUGUGAAAUAUAUAUGAAAUGACACUGAGUGGAUGAGUUGAGUAUCAUUCAACAUGGAGAAAUUUGGUAUGAGCUUUGGUGGAGGCCUGAGCAAAAAAGAACUGCUUGAAAACAUUGAGAGUCAGAAAAAGCAGCUUAUCCAGUACCAGACCCGUUUCAAAGAUGUCGUUCAGGCCUAUAAGAGCUUACUGAAGGAGAAGGAGGCAUUGGAAGCUAGCUUGAAAGUGCUGACUGUGUCUGCACAGUGCCCAGCACCCACCGAGCAUGCUGAAGACCAUGGCUCACUUCACAGUGAAGACAGCCUGGAUGCUGCUGAAUCCGGUGUUGAAAGUGUCGUGACUAGCAGCAGCAGCACUGCAGCAGAUGAAGAUCAUGGAGAAGGUAACGCAAUGCUUCUGCAGUCAGAGAAGAGCGAACUGGAUAAUGUCAUCAUAUCUAGCAGCACUGCAACUGUGGAACAAACUGCAGAAUCAGAUCGCCGAGUGACCCAACUAAAGUCCCAGCUAUCUACGUUGACCACCUCUUUGGCCACGGUUACACAGGAAAAGUCUCGCAUGGAAGCCUCGUUCCAAGCAGAUAAGCGCAAGAUGAAGCAGGAGUUUGAGGAGGUUCGGGAGAAAAUAGAGGAGGAGCGUAAGCGGCACCAGUCUGAACUCCAGGUUGUACAGGAACAGCUUGCAGAGAGCAGAGCACGUGUGAUUAUGCAGCAACAUCAGUAUGAUCAAGAACAACAUGACCAUGGCCACAUGCUUCGUGAACUCCAAAAACUCUUGCAGGAGGAGAGGAGCCUUAGGCAGGAUGCUGAACUUAAGUUGGAGGAUGCCAGGAAAACCUUUGCAGAAACCAUGCAGGAAAAAGACCAGGGGAUAGAUUAUGAAGAGCGGCUGAAGCAGGUUACUCAGGAGUGUGAAACAUUGAGAAUGAGCCUGCAGGAUUUGGAGGUUGCAAGAAACAAGCCUGAGCAGCAGGUGGUGGAACUGCAGCAAGAAAUUGCUGAUCUGAAGGCACACUUUAACCAACAACUUCAACAAGAGAUUCAAAAGGUUGCUCAGGCAGAAGCCUGCUUGCAGGAGCAGGCACAGCUAGAGGAACAGCGAGUUGCAAGUCUAGAGGAGCGGGUUUCUGAGCUGUCAGGGCUGUUGGGUGCCUGUGAGAAGGCCAGGCAGAAGGACCAGCAGAAUGGUCAGAGGCUACGUGAGCAAAUCCUCCAGCUGGAUGCAGAAAACAAGGCCCUAGCUCUUGCAGCCAGCACUACCAGGACCACCUCGUCUGACCUUGGCAUUGAUGAAAUGAACCUGGACGUGAACACACUGAAGGACAAGCUAGAGAAGGUGAAGAAGCUGUUGCAGCUGGUUGCACAGAAAUCUCCAGAACAAAGUUUGGAAAUUGAGAAAAUACUGGAGGAAGCAGGAGGCCAGGACAUGGAGAAGGCUUCAGUACAGUACUAUCAGCAAGAGCUGCGGCAGCUAAAGGAGGAGUUUGAACGCUACAAAGUGCGAGCACAGGUGGUCCUAAAGAACAAGAAUGGCAAAGACACUGCUCAGACCAAGGAGCUUGAGGAAGCUCGGGAUCAGCUGGCUGAACUGAAAGAAAAGUACAUCAACCUGCGUGUCCAGUCAGACGAAGCCAAAGUGAUGCACAAGCAGCAGAUUAAGGAGCACCAACAAGCACUGGCAGCCCUUCAUCAGGCUCAUAAGCACGACCUAGAGAAGACAGAGGCUCAGCACAGAGAGAACUUCUUGCAUCUUGAGGAAGAGCUGCACAAGCAGAGGGCGCGCACCAUGGCGUUACUCGAAGAGAAGGACCUCGAGCUGGAAAAACUACGAGCUGAAAGCAUUCAGGGACAGAUUAUAAGUGAUGGUGUAGCAGAGAGAGGAGAUGUCGAUUUUGAAAAUGGCAGCUCUGUGCAUGAAGAUUGUGAGAUGAUUGCUCACACUCUGAAGCUAUCCAACCCCCCAAAAAACAAUUUACUGCUGUAUGCUGAACAGCUAGCUCGAAACGAGGUGGAAAUUUCUGCUUUGCGCAAACAGAAGCAUCAGCUGGAGGAAGGCUUGCAUCAACUACAGGGAAAAUUGUUUGCUAAUGAAGAGAGGCACAAAGAGGAGAUAGAGGAGUUGCAGGCACAGCUGGACAAGAGGAUUCGUGACCAAAGUCGAGACGGUGCUAAUUUAGAAUACCUCAAAAAUGUCAUGUAUAGAUUCCUCACGCUACAAGACUCAAAAGGACGUCAGCAGACUCUCACGGCCAUCCUGACUAUCUUACACUUCAGCCCUCAAGAAAGGCAGGUGGUCAUGAAGCAGCAAGUACAGAGCUGGUGGACGCCCAGGAAGAGAUGAUGCUGUCUUUUAACAUUCCACUGCUUUACAUAAUUUUCUACUUACUACUUUCUUGUUUCUUUUCAAGUGUUUAUCAAAUUUUAGUAUAAAUACACAGGUGAUUAUAGAAAAUCGCACAUGCCGAUUGGUUGAGAAAUGCAGACUAUUUCUCAAUCACCUUAAAGGAACAGUCCACUGUACUUCCAUAAUGAA